GAAGUGACGCAUGACAGCGAGUCUUUGAACUAUAAAAUCCAUUUUGAAAGUUUCUCGCCACGCAAACCGGCUGCGUUUCUAUUGUACACGAAUGCAGUAAGCGUUGAAUGAGAGUUACUGUUGUUGCUGCAGCGCUUUAUUUGCGUAUUGUCUCAAUAGAGCGUCAGUGUUAGCGCCUUCAGCAGCUUCACAGUGAUUGCAGUUCAUCAGGAUGGUUGUGCUGAAGAGUUUGCAUCCACCCAGCGAGGGCGUGAGGCUCCAGCAGGCCGACACCACUGCAGUUCUGGACGGGAAGAGACUGGGAUCAGGGACGCUGUUUGUGGCUGAGGCGCACCUGUCCUGGUUUGAUGGUUCAGGGAUGGGUUUCUGUCUUGAAUACCCCUCCAUCAGUCUGCACGCAAUCUCACGAGAUCUCAGCGCCUUUCCAGAAGAGCACCUGUAUGUGAUGGUCAAUGCAAAACUGGACGAUGAAGCUGAAGCAGAGCAGCAGGAUAUAGCUUCGGACGAUGAGGAGAGCGACAGCGACAGUGAAGACUCAGGAACCCUCACAGAGAUCCGCUUCGUGCCCAGUGAUAAAGCUGCAUUAGAGCCCAUGUUCUCCGCCAUGUGCGACUGUCAGGCCCUGCACCCCGACCCCGAGGACGCGGACACAGAUGACGACGAUUACGUGGGAGAGGAGUAUGACGUCGAGGAGGCUGAGCAAGAGCAGGGUCAGGGUCAGGGUGACGUCCCCACGUUUUACACCUAUGAGGAGGGUUUGUCUCACCUGACGGCCGAGGGUCAGGCCACACUGGACCGGCUGGAGGGGAUGCUGGCCCAGUCUGUCACACAGCAGCACCACAUGGCUGGAGUCAGAAGCGACGAGCCAUCGGCUGAAUUUGAAGAUGGAAUGGAAGUCGACUCAAGCACAGUCACUGGACAGUUUGAGGACGCCGAUGUGGAUCACUGAUGAACUGCGUUUCUGUACGGCUGAUUGAAGCACUUCAGUGGGGCAUGCUGGGAUAUCAGCUGACUCUCAAAGCGCUUAUAGCAUUUCUGUCUUUCCUUGCUUGAAUUGAAUGGGCUGUUUUACACCGCGGCUGUCACGACCAUAUGUAGCUCCCACUAAUGUAUUUUGUAGUUUUCCCUGAAGACCAAGUUCCAGAAUUUUCCUCCUCAGUGGAGUGAUGUUGAUGAGUUUGUUAGAGAUUUCAAUAAAUACAGCUGUUUUUGUAC